GCCGAACGGACCCGCGCAUGCGCACCCCUGUGUGACGCGGUUCCCCGCUCCAGAAAGUUCUAGCAGUCGGCGGCACCAUUUUGUGUGUGUAGGGCGGACUCGGCGGCUCAGCAGCAGCAGACCCCCCCACCGAGGUAGCAGCGGCACUAGCCGGAGCGAUGCGGCAUUCCAAACGAACCGAGUAUCCUGAUUGGGAUGAAAAGGAAAGUUGGGAUCCCAGAAAGUGCAGCAGCAGCCAUAAGAGAAAGAAGAGAUCACACAGCAGUGCACGGGAGAACAAGCGCUGCAAACAUAAUCACUCCAAAGUUUCUGAUAGUCAUCAUUCGGAAGCCAGGUCCUUAAAUGAAAGAGAUCAUCAUGACCGGCGUUACAUUGAAGAAUAUAGAAGUGAUUACAGUCAAGUGUAUGAAAAUGGACACCAUCACAGAGAUCAUGAAAAUGGUUAUCACAACCACAGUAGCAAGUCUUCAGGCCAUAGUGGGAGGAGUAGUUAUAAAAGAAAACACAAGACAUAUCACAGUGCCUCACAUCAUCAUUCACAAAUGAAGAGUCACCGAAGGAAAAGAUCCAGGAGUGUAGAGGAUGAUGAGGAGGGUCACCUGAUCUGUCAGAGUGGAGACGUACUAAGUGCAAGAUAUGAAAUUAUUGCUACUCUGGGCGAAGGUGCUUUUGGAAAAGUUGUGGAGUGCAUAGAUCACAAGGCGGAAGGUAGACACGUAGCAGUGAAAAUAGUAAAAAAUGUUGAUAGAUACUGUGAAGCAGCUCGUUCAGAAAUACAGGUAUUGGAGCAUUUAAAUGCAUCAGAUCCCAAGAGCACAUUUCGCUGUGUACAGAUGUUGGAAUGGUUUGAACAUCAUGGUCAUGUUUGCAUUGUUUUUGAACUACUGGGACUUAGUACCUACGACUUUAUCAAAGAGAACAGUUUUUUGCCUUUUCGGCUUGACCACAUUAGGAAGAUGGCAUAUCAGAUUUGCAAAUCUGUAAACUUUUUACACGUGAACAAAUUGACUCAUACAGACCUGAAGCCUGAAAAUAUUUUAUUUGUGAAGUCUGACUAUGUAGAAGAGUAUAACCCCAAACUGAAACGUGAUGAACGCACGCUAAAAAAUCCAGACAUCAAAAUUGUGGACUUUGGAAGUGCAACCUAUGACGACGAACAUCACAGUACUCUGGUGUCUACAAGACAUUACAGAGCUCCAGAAGUUAUUUUAGCCCUGGGAUGGUCACAACCUUGUGAUGUUUGGAGCAUAGGCUGUAUUCUCAUAGAGUAUUACCUUGGAUUCACAGUAUUUCCGACACAUGAUAGUAAAGAGCAUUUGGCAAUGAUGGAGAGAAUAUUGGGGCCUUUACCAAUUCAUAUGAUAGAGAAAACCAGGAAGCGCAAGUAUUUCCACCAUAACCAAUUGGAUUGGGAUGAACAUAGUUCUGCAGGUAGAUAUGUUUCAAGACGCUGUAAACCACUCAAGGAGUUCAUGCUUUGUCAAGAUUUGGACCAUGAGAAUCUGUUUGACCUCAUUCAAAAAAUGUUAGAGUAUGACCCAGCCAAAAGAAUUACUCUUCAGGAGGCUUUGACCCAUCCUUUCUUUUCUGCCUUAACAGGAAAAUAAGUAAAAUCUAUACUUACAUAGUUCUCCAGAGCAGAUUAUAGACUGUGUCAGUCAUCAAAACAAGCAUUAUUUAUUUUGUACAGUUAGCUUUGUAAAUGUCAUUUUGUAUUAUGAUGUUUCUUAUUUGAACACUUGAAAUAAACUUAAGCUUGAAAUAGCUUCUAUGCAGAAGUGGUUGUUGACUGCUUAUGCUUUAUCUAAAAGUAUUUCUGAGUUUGAACACAGACUUCCACUA